AGUUGGUUGUUAUCAAUGAUGUGGUUACUUUGUCAUGGGAAAUUUCAAUUUUGGGUGAAAUGACGACGAAUGCGGUCGUGUAUCAUCCGCUUUCAUUAUCUGUUCGUGCUGAUAAAAGGGUUUGCGAUAAAUCGAUAUAUUUUAGAGGUAAAAUAUAAAGAGUCGCCCAAGAGGAUCGUGGUGCAGUACAUCCGAGAAACUCUUUAACGAGGACGCAUCGUUCGUGAUUUCCUAUGUUCAAGGUAGCGUUCUUGGUCGCUUGCAUGGCGCUGGCCGCCACUAGUGUCCAAGCUGACAAGAAGAUCGUCUGCUACUUCGGUAGCUGGGCGGUUUACCGGCCAGGCAAUGGAAAGGUCGACGUCAACGACAUCGAUCCCCGCCUCUGCACGCACAUGAUUUACAGUUUCAUUGGCAUUAAUACGGAUGGCAGCAUCAGGAUAAUAGAUCCAUGGGCCGAUCUGUCAGACGGCGGUGGCAAGAACGGUUUCGGCAAGUUCGUCAGCCUCAGCAAGCAGAGCUCGAAUACCAAAGCGAUGGUCGCGAUCGGAGGAUGGAACGAAGGAUCCAGCAAAUUCUCCCAGGUGGUCGGCAACCCUGGCACGCGGUUUCGGUUCGUCCAGAACGCGGUGAAUUUCUUGAGACAGUACAAUUUCAAUGGUCUGGACAUCGACUGGGAGUACCCUAAUCAGCGUGGCGGUCAGCCGGCCGAUCGCCAGAACUUCGUGGCUCUGCUGAGGGAGCUUAAAGAGGCUUUCAGCAAAUACGGUUAUAUUCUCAGCGUCGCUGUAGGCGCCACCGAGAAAUCCGCUUCACUGUCUUAUAUCAUUAACCAGGUGGUGAGCAACGUUGACUUCGUAAAUCUGAUGACGUACGACAUGAACGGCGCGUGGAACAAUUUCGCUGGAUUUAACGCACCCUUGUACGCUUCGAGCCGCGAGCAAGGGGAGCAGGCUAAACUGAAUGUGGACUCUUCCGUCCGCUAUUGGCUUUCGCAUGGUGCUCCAGCCGAUAAGCUGAUCCUUGGUAUUCCUUCCUACGGGAGGGCCUUCACUCUGGCAAAUCCCAAUAACAACGACGUUGGCGCACCGACUACUGGUCCCGCAGCAGCUGGACCUUAUACCGGAGAAGCGGGCAUGCUCGGUUACAACGAGAUCUGCGAGUAUCUACGUCAAGGAGGCUGGAACGUUCGCAGGGAAUCACAGCAACACGUGCCAUACGCUGUUAAAGGCAACCAGUGGAUUGGAUACGAUGAUGUUCAAUCUGUCCGCGAGAAAUGUGAGUAUGCCAACCGGAUGGGUCUCGGAGGUGGCAUGAUGUGGAGCGUCGAAACAGACGAUUUCCGUGGUACCUGCGGACAGAAAUACCCUCUUCUGAACGUCAUGAACAGCGUUUUGAGAGGCGGUGCACCAGCUCCUGGCCCAAACCCGCCACCGUCAUGGAAACCAACCACACCCCCAUCUGCACCACCAACAAGACCAACCCCACCGUCGACAUCCAUUUGUAAUAAGGAAGGAUACGUCCGAGAUCCACAAGAUUGCUCCACUUUUUACUAUUGUCAAAAUGUAAAUGGGCAAUACACAAAGUACACAUACCACUGUCCGGCUGGUCUCGCCUUCGACCCCAAAAUAAACGGCUGCAAUUACAGAGAAAAUGUCGCAGGCUUUAGAGCGCAGAUGCAUACGAAGAUAGUUGUUCUUGCCCUCUUCUUGGCUAUCGCCACUUCGGCAUACGCGCAGAAGAAAAUCGUCUGUUACUAUGAGAGCUGGGCAAAGUACAAUGAUGGUACAGACAAAUAUCCAAUCACCUCCAUCCCAGCGCAUCACUGCACGCACGUGAUCUACGCGUUCAUCGGCAUCAACGAAGACGGUAGCAUUAAGCUGCUCGACGACGAGUCUGAUUUUAAGAUUUUCAGCCAGCAUGUGAAGGGUCGCGGCUCUAAGGCGAUGGUCUCUGUCGGCGGUGCGUCCGAGAAAUCAAGGAAGUUCUCCGACAUGGUUGCAACCAGAGAGGUGCGCGAGACGUUCGUGAGACAUGCAGUCGAGUUCCUGCAGAGGCACAACCUCGACGGGCUAGAUGUUGAUUGGGAGUACCCUAACCAACUGGGCGGUAACCCGGCCGACAAGGAGAACUUCGUUCGCUUGCUGAAAGAGCUAAAAGACGCGUUCUCGAGUCAUGGAUAUCUCCUGAGCGCCGCCGUUGGCGCCGAGGAAGACUCUGCCUCCAGGUCUUAUCUGAUCCCAAAGAUCUCGAAGUUGUUAGACUUCAUCAACGUCAUGACCUACGACUUCAACGGUUACGAGAACGGUCACACCGGUAUGAACUCUCCCUUAUACGCGUCCGUUAGGGACUCGAAGGAUAGUUACACCCGACAACUCAACAUUAGAGCUAGUGUCCAAUACUGGCUUGACCAAGGCGCUCCAGCUGAGAAGAUUAUCGUUGGUGUGCCAUUCUACGGAAUAACGUUUACUUUAAGAAAUAACAACGAACAUGGUGCUCAUGCUCCUACCACUGGACCUGGAAUAGAUAGCGGCAACAUCGGUUACAAUGAUCUGUGCGUACGUUUGAAGGAAGGUGGAUGGACCAUUGUCUGGACUAACAAGCAACGUGUACCGUACGCGUAUAAGGGUAACCAAUGGGUCAGCUACGAUAAUCCCCGGUCUAUCAGAGAAAAGGCUGAAUUCGUCAAAUCCCACGGACUCGGUGGUGUGAUGAUUUGGAGCAUCGAUACCGACGACUUCCAAGGUAGAUGCGGCCGAAAGAAUCCACUUUUCCAUGCCAUCAAUGAAAUUUUGAGUAAUUAAAUCGAAUUGGACCACCUGGAUGGAUCGAUGGUGACGUUCCUGCGUGAUGUAAUCAAACACAGAUGGCUACAAUUCUAAUUUAUUUACAACUGCUCUCCAUUAACUAUAUUUGUGUUGUCCUGUUAAUUUACUUCGUACACCAAAAAAGUG